AUGGAGGAGACUGAAAAGAACCCGGUGACGCUGGUUGCGUCCGAUGGUAGCGAAUACACGGUCCCCAGGGAAGCUGCUCUGCUUUCCCCGAUGUUAAGAGCGAUGCUGGAUGGCCCCUUCGAGGAUUCUGGUAACAUAGUCACUUUACCAGAUAUUGAGCCACACGUUGUUGCGAAAGUGGCAGAGUACCUAGAAUACAACUUCAAGUACAAAGAACAAGCGGAACAAGACCAACCUUUCCCAGAAUUCAACAUUCCAUCAGAAAUGUCCUUAGAGCUAUUAAUUGCAGCUGACUACCUCAAUAUAUAA